UUUCCUUAUAUUCGAUGUAGAUGUAAGUGAUGUUCCAAUAUGGAUGCUGGCCAAAUAAUAUUUUGUGUUGUUUUGUUCUAUCUGCCCAGAUUUAAAUGUGUUAAAUUGGGAGUUUGCAGCAAAGAAAAAAGUGUGAUUGUCAGUGGACAAACCGUUAUCAGAACAUUAUACUUUUGCUGUCGUCAUUAUGAAGAAAGCAGUGGAAUAUGCGAAGAAUGCGAUACAGGAUAUGAAUCUAAUGGAACAAGAUGCGAACCUUGCAAAACUGGUCAGUAUGGUAUUAAAUGUGCAGACACAUGUCAUUGCAAGGCACACGAAAGCUGUGAUCAUAUUCGGGGAUGUAUACAGUCCACGAAUCAGCUUAUAACAGGGGAGCAUAUAACUCCUAUUACAGAGAAGACAGCAAAGGACUCUGCGAAUGAAAAUGAAGGUUUUCUGAACAAGGAGAGUGGUGUAUAUUUUGGUAGUUCUGGAUUACUGGCAUUCGUUAUAUGUAUUUUAAUGGCAUAUAUCUGUUAUAAAAAGGGUAAAAGAAAAGCUGGAUCAAAUAUGUCUAAACAAACGCCUGAUGAAUUGGCAAUGGAAGCAAAGUUUCAGGUUCAUGGGACCAAAGGUGAGAAGAACACGAAUGAAAAUGAUUAUGACGAAAUUGACGAACGGUACUUGUCCGAUAUUAAAUUGGCAGUAAAUCAAGAAAAAAAUAUCAAAGAAAAAGAAUCAUUUAAGCAAGGUGGAAACAAGCAUUCGAAGAAAGAAAAAGGCAACAAUGACAGUUCUGUUAACCCUUACCAAAGAGUUGUUUCUUCUGCAGUAGAUGUUCAUGCGUACUCAUCCACAGAGAAGGGAGACAACUCGGAAGAUAAUUACAGGGAUUCUGGAUACCUCCAUCCAUAUCAACCACUUUCACCGGAUACUAAAAAUCUUAAACACGACUAUACUGAAUGUAAAGAUUUAGAUAUUGUUGAAUCUAAAGCCACACCGGAUACUAAAGAUCUUAAACACGACUAUACUGAAUGUAAAGAUAUAGAUAUUGUCGAAGCUCCAACCAGUAAUAUUACAGAAGACGUAGUCGACAAAGAUGGAGUGAAAGCAGAAGACACAAAUUCAUGUUCUCUUUAAACAUGGAAAUGAAACCGACUGCUUUAUGAACAAAACUACAUAAACUAGAAAAACCAUAUUUUCUCAAAAUGAAUGUGAAAGAACAACGUGUAAACAAAUUAAAAAAAUGUUUUCCAUAAAAAAUAACGUUUUAUAUCGCAGUCGCUUCUACGUCGGAACUGUGAUAAAUACAUUUCAAAAUCCAGCUAAAUAUUUAUUGCAAAUACCUGAAAACGAAUUGAAUGUAUACGUCAGAAAGUCAACUUACCAAAUAUGUUACAUAGGAAAGUAAAGAAAAACAUAAAGAAAAAUAUUUUUCCUUAAUUAUUGCACCAGGGCCAUAUAAUAAACGUUUUUCAAACUUCACUAAAUAUCAAAGUUUUGGUUGUUUUCUCUGGUACCAAUUGUAUGACUUAUUCAUUACAAAAUAUAAAUUCUUAAAGACAGCUCAAACUGAGAAUUUGAUAGAUUUUGGGAAAUUUUUAGUGUUUAAUCAAAACUAUCUAGAAAGGACACUCUUACUCAAAAUCCCAAAUCGGUUGGAAGUGAUUCUAUAAAUUGCUUUUCAGAUAUAAAUGGAAAACAUGCAGAAUUUUCGACAUGAAAUCAAAUUCGUAUAUUUAAAAGUAAUUUGAAGUACGUAAUUAUCUUUAAUGGAAAUAAUUAAAUUGAUGAAAGCAUGUUUUAGUUUAUGCUAUAGACACGUUUUUUUUUUUUUUUUAAAUUUAUGGAAAAUAUGUAAAUUAUUCAAAACACAUUUUAGUUAUGAUUAAAAUUUCAGUUGGUGUGAA